AUGUCUCUCAACGCUUUUUUCGUAAUUAUAAAACAAAACCAACUUGUCGAGGAUAAUUAUGUGGAUUGGAAACGUAAUUUGAUGUUUGGGCUUAUUGACGAAAAACUUGAUUUUGUUCUCAAAGAAGAAUACGUGUUACAGCAAAAACUUGAAAGUUUGGAGACCUCUUAUGACAUACUAGAAAGCCUGAAGGGCGUGUUUGGACAUCAAAGUAGGAGGGCUCACUUUGAGGCCAUUCAUAUCUUACAGAACAUCUGCAUGAAACCGGGAACGCCUGUGAAGGAUCAUAUGUUGACUAUGAUUGCACACUUCAACGUGGCGGAGAAUCUGGGUACAACUAUUGAUCAGGAAACUCAAGUUGAUAUGGUAUUAAAUUCUUUAUCUGAUAUGUGUUCACAGUUUACUGUGGACUAUCACUUGCACAAGAUGAAUAUGCCAUUAACUGAGUUGAUGAAUGAGUUGCAAAAU